AUGGCAGCCCCAAUCACCAUCCAUAGUUUUAGCAGUGAAUCAGAUGAUGACAUCCAAUCUGAUAACAACCUCAUUAUCAAAUCCUUUGGAGACAACCUGAAGUUUGUGUCCCCUGUGGACAAAUGGUUCAAGGAAUUGACCAAGAAGACCAUGUGGAAGGAGGUGGAAGCCGAGUCCUUGACUCGCUUCCUACCCAUCGAGAAAGCCAAGAGGAUGGAGACAGAAUUGGAGAGGGAGUUGUGUGAGUUGAGGCUGAGAGUAGAGGAUCUUGGGAAAAAGGAAAAGUAUGUGGGCAAGGAGGUGUACACUCACGUUAUCUUUGCAGAGAAAGCACUCAGCCUGGCAAAGCAAGCUGAGAUCAGCAACAGCUCAAACUUGAUUUGGAAGGUUCAAGAUGAGCUUCCCGACAUCAUGCACCAGAAGGUCAAGGAGACCUAUUCGACCUGGACUGAAUUUUGUACAGCUAUCAAGGAGGUGGAAAUGGCUCGUAUACAGGAUGGGGUGAAGAAGCAUCAGAAGGAGAAGGAGGAGAAGGAGAAGACAGAGGCGGCCAUAGCAAGCCUACAUAGUAUGUGCUUACACCUGCAGGGGCAACAUCACCUAUCAGCUGCACUCACGCCCUCAGUAUUGAACGCCAGUCAAACCCAGCAGUCGUCAACCCUGUGA